GACGGCGCCGGGAUCGGCUGGGUUCUUGCGGAUUGUUUUCGUGGUGAAAGUGCGUCCGUCAGCUUGCGACGGUCCAGUGACCUCUACUUCGAUUACGUGCCAGUCCAAUAAGCUGCCAAGAAGAUUUCCCACAUUUCAAGGCGGAUGAAGCUACCGGAAUAUUAUCAUUGGGCGUAUAGAGUACACGGCUGCUGCUGGACAUUGAUCAGGCAGGCUACAUAAAAUAUUUGUAACUAUCUAUUUUACCUCGUGUUGCGGUUGCCUCUGUGACCUGAAUCUAUGUGAACGCAUGCGUUUCUGAUUCUGCUAAACAAAUAGAUGGGAAAACUACGUUUCUUCGCCAAUAAAUGGGGUGCGGUGCGUCGAGUCAAACCAGCGCGUUGGAAACUUCGCCCCCGGACGGCCAGACAGCUGUGGAGGAGGACUUGUCCGAAUCAGGCGAAACGGCCAGCCUUGCACAGUCGUCGCUAAGUUACGAUUUGCAUCCACUGAUUAAAGAGAUGAAAGCUCCGAUAACUUUUGAAGUACCUGGACAGAACCAGGACGAAAAUGGCGAGGCUGUUUCAAUCAUUCAGGCUCAUCCACCCAGACGAUUGCGACGUUUGGAAGAUGAACAAAUCAAUUUGUCGCAAGAAGAACUGGAACGCCGUCAUGCCUUAGCUGAACAACGUCGUCAAGAGGCAUUGAGAAUGCGCGCUCAAAGUGCCCGCCUUUCCACGGCCAAAGGACCGAGACGCCAACUCUUGGCUCCAAUUGCCAACGAAUAAUUUGCACUUAAAAUUGCACUCAAUUUGAAGCACCAAGUAAAAGCGCACCAAUCCUUUUGAAAAUCCCGCCUAACACCUGUGAUAUUCUAAGGAAGAUAUCACAAUCAAAGAUACUGUGCGAUGUAUUUGCACGUAUUGAGAAUACACGAUGAUGGGGAAAUCGAUCCAGGUCUAAAUGAUUAGGUGCCAAACUGUCUUCUGAUUGGCUGCUUAUGCGCUGUUCCAUCACCCCGAUCUGGGAAGUACGGACGUGGUAGGGGAAGUUACUAUUGGCGGCGUUCGGACGAGUCAGCACC